AUGAUAAGAUGGGUUUUGGCGUGGAAUUUGUUGAUUUUUGGUGGAGUUUUGGGUGAUGAGGUGGGUAUUUUACGGAAACUUUAGAAUAAAACAGGAAAAUUCCUCAAAUUUUCAGAAAUUUGUGAAACCGCCUGUAACAACUCUGGAAGCUUCACUUCCACCAGAAGAUCUAGAAAACUCCACCCGAACCACACCAAAUUCAACUCCAAGUCCCAAUCCGAACCCAAAAACAUUAGAAGAUCUACACGACGACUAUGCGAAAAUUCUGGAUGGAAUGAUAAUUGAUGAGAAAAUCGAGAAACAUCCCAAAAAUAUUCUCCUAAAGAAUAAAAAUCAUCAAAAACAAAUUGUAAUUGAACAAACUAUUGUUGAACACGAGAAAGAUCAUGAAAUUCUCGAAGCAUCGAUUGAAGUUCCGAGAAUUGCGAAAAAUGAGAAUGGAGAGGUAUUGGAGGUGGAACCAUCGGCGGAUAGUGUUAGUGAGAAAAUUUUUCAACCAAAUUACUUAAGCCAUACUUCCAGACCUACAACUUCGACGAUCUCGACAACCCGAAUCAAGAAACCAUUCUAAACAACCAGAAAAUCAUUCCAAUCAUCCCAGAAACACAAAAACCCUAUGAAGUUGUCACAAUGUUUUCCGCCACCACCACCACAACUCAAAUUCCCUCCACUCAAAAACCCACGAUUCCUGGAAGACUAUCAGAUGCUAAAACUGAUGAAAAGGAAGAAAGAAGUUUUGUCAUGACAUUUUGUAUGACGAUUUUGGGGCACCCAAUUCCACCAAAAAUAGACACCGAAGAUCGGAAAAUUGUGCUACCCCCGCCUAGAAUGCGAAGAGAAUCGGAAGCGGAAUCUAUGGAUGAUAUUCGAUGUGCUUGCGAAGAAUUGACUGAGGAACUUCUAGGCAAACAAUUAAUUAUGUAA